AUGAGAAGAUCAAAGGUGCAUACUUUGGCUAUGUCCAUGCCAUCACCAAUGGGCACAUCCAGGAUAAGGCUGGAGGAGGCUGUGAGCAAACUGAUCUCAGUGGGAAUGUCCCUGCUCAUUGCUGUGGGGUCACACUGGACGGUCCUUAAAGGUCACUGCCAAGCCCAGCUGUUGUGUGAUUCUGUGAUUCUGCAGCAGGGCCUGCCCAGCACCAAGGUGCUGCAGCAGCUGGUGGACGAGCUCCUCGGUGUGUGCCGAGUGCUCUCCCGCAGGAGCUUCAUGCCGGAGCUGCACCCAGCUGCCGGGACGGACACCAGCCCUGCAGCCUGCAGCGUCCAGGAGAGCAGCAGCACCUACCGCACGCUGGUCAUCCUGCAGCCACCCCCUGGCCACUCCUUCAGCCCGGAGAGCACGAAGCAGCCGCCAGCCAGGCGCAUCCGUGUGGCGCUGGAGUGCCUGUGCUCCGGGGAGCAGCUGCUGGGGCACACGUGCUUCCUGCACGCCGCUGGUGGCCAGCUGCCCACGGAUCAGGAGUGGUACCUGCUGGACACCCUCUGCACGGGCUCCUGCUUGGACCUGCAGAAAGUCACCUGCUGGGUGCAGAUGUUGGUGCUGUCGGCCUGGCUGCGUCUGCCGCAGUCGCGCCACUGCCAGCUGACGGCGCUGCCCUGCGGCAAGUCCUGCAGCUUCCGGCUGCGCGGCGCCUCUGGCCUGCACUGCAGCAUCGAGAUGGCUCUGGCCGUGCAGCUUGGCAGCUCAGGGGCCUGCCUGAGCCUCGAGUAG